CUCUGGUAUUCUGGAUGCCCUUGUGUUGAAUAUAUAUUUAAAAAAAUAAUAAUACAUAAAUCCAAAGAAGGAACAUACUACAUUUUUUACUUCGUUUUGCGCAAGGAUUAAUUUAUCCACCGUCCUGCUCUCAACAUUGUGUUUGGUCUCCUUGCAAAGGGUCACUCUUGGGAAAAAUCGACCCAAUCUUGUGGCACUCCUGACACACUUGGAAGAUUUGUGGACUGCGGAGGUUUGGUGAAUUAGGACACGCGGACGGACAACUGCGGUUUUUAUGCGUGACUGAAGACCACAAACACGGACUGUUGCUGCAAGAACUGACGGAGAAAUAACAAACAAUCAACUCAAAACAUGAGCUGCGCAAUGUUGCGACACGCGCUCGCUUUGCUGCUGGCGUUGCUCUGGAAAGGGCCCAGUGGAGCUCAGGCGGCCGAGUUCGGACACUUGCCCGACAACAUUACCGUCCUGGAAGGGGAAAGCGUGGUUUUGAGAUGCAAGAUAGACGAGGAGGUCACUCACAAGGCGUGGUUGAACCGCUCCAACAUCUUAUUUACGGGCACAGAUAAGUGGUCUCUGGACUCCCGCGUCUCUCUGGAGAACAACAACAACAGCGACUUCUCCAUUAGGAUUGAGAGAGUGAUGGUGGCGGACGAGGGACCCUACACAUGCAGCUUCCAGGCCAGAAACAAGCCCCGGACGGCCCACGUCUAUCUUAUUGUUCAGGUGCCGGCACGGAUAGUGAACAUCUCGCAGGAUAAAUCUGUGAAUGAGGGCGAAGAUGUCAACCUGUUUUGUCUGGCGGUCGGCAGACCAGAGCCCACCAUCACCUGGAAGGACUUUAAAUACGGUCUCCUGAACGAAGGAGAGUUUCUAGAGAUCACAGAAAUCAAGCGGCAUCAAGCGGAGGAUUUUGAAUGCAUCACCAAUAACGGCGUGGCGCCUCCAGACACACGCAAGGUCAAGGUUACUGUCAACUAUCCACCAAUAAUCACAGACGUGAAGAACAUGCCUGCCCAGGUUGGGAAGACUGCAAUCUUGCGCUGUGAAGCCAUGGCAGUGCCCACCGCAUCCUUUGAGUGGUACAGAGAUGACCGAAGGCCGGUAGAGAGCGAUAACACUCUGAAGAUUAAAAACGAGAAAACACGAUCCCUGCUGCUCUUCACCAACGUCACAGAAAAACACUUUGGCAACUACACCUGUUUCGCCUCCAACCGCCUCGGGGCUUCCAACGCCAGCAUGCUUCUCUUCAGGCCCGGAGCGGUGUAUGGCGGAGCGGCGUCGCUGAACGGUCGUUUAUCAGGAGUGGGUCUGUGGUUCUGCCUCUCCAUCUCCGUUCUGAUGAAGGUCUAAAACUCUCCCGCUUCGGAAGGAGUCUUUAAAAUACGAACCCAUCACUGUGAACAAAAAGAAAUUAUGCAUUAAUCCAGGAGCCAUCGCUACAUUACUCGGUCAUCCCUUCCUCUUCCCCGUUCACGCCCCGGUCGCUUCAUCAUCAUCACCACCGCUUCAUUUCCCGGUUUUUAACGUCCAGAAACUCGAUGUGUGUGAUGCAAAAAAAAAAAAAAAGAAAAAAAAUGUGAGCGACGAGUUUGCGUGGCCUGAUGUGCGUGCUGGACAUGCCGGUCGUAAAAACGCCGAAGGGUUGGCGAUGUUCGGGUGACCCUUUCGGGGAAAAAAAGCCGUUUCACCAGCGGGCCCUUUGGAGCCGAGAGAUCUGAGCUGAACGGUGGUGCUUUCGUAGCUGCGGUGAAUGAAUGAUGUCAAACCACUUGUUUUCGUUCCAGCAGGAGGGGCCGCUUCAUCUCAGGCCACCUCGUUUGCGUUCGUUUGGGCUCUCGACCCAAAGCAAACAUCCGACCCGCGUCCAGCCUUCAUAUUGUCCCCAGUCUGUCCAUCACUCAGUGUAAAUAUAUAUGCAGUAGAGGCCACUCAAAAAACCACAUCUCCCAUCAGCCUCUCUGUUUCAGCGUUUCGGUAUGGAGGAUAUCGCUGCCUUUAAGUCCCACCGGAAUGCUCGUGUUUACCAAAUGAGCAUGCGUUCGCCUUUUAUUAGUGUUCAUGCACUUUUUGUUGCGCUUCUUGGGAAGUUAAAGCAAGUAGAUCUAGUGUUGAACAUUAAACACAUUUGGACACUUUCUGGUUGUCGGAUGUUAGUUAAUAUAAAAUCGACUACAGUCGUAGAUUCAUUCAUCGGCUAAUAACCAUGCAAAGUGAUCACUGAUUUUUAGCGUUUUAGUUUUACAUUCGAACGUUAAACGAAAGCGUAAGUAGGAGCUUUCCGACAAGACUUGAAGGCAGCGGACGUUUCUGGCGUCUCCUGCCCUGAAACAGCUCAUCGAACUUCUUGUUGCUUGUGGAUAGCAUGUACCGGUUAGAAAUGUCCCUCUUGUGACCUCACUUCCUGCACCGACCCCGUUUUAACCCCCUGCACUGUGUACAUUUUAAUCUGCAAGGUUAACUGCUAUUACUUUUUUGGUGUUAAUAAUGAUUAUAACGAAGAUGAUGAUGAUGAUGAUAAUGAUGAUGAUGUUAAUAAGUAUUUGAAUAAAUAUGAUAGUAAUUCCAUGUGAGAUAAAAAAAAAAAAUACGUCAGAGCUGACCGCAAGCCAUGUGUGUGAAAAUAUUUUCUACUAAAAAAAAAA